GUUUGACAGCAGGUUCGUUUUUACCUCUUUGCUUUCUUUAUUCCACCCUGCCGCCCCCUUUCUUUCUCUGUUUAAUACGCUUUAGCCGGCCGUAUAUCAGUAUUUAUUUAUUUAUGCAUCUUGUUUGAAAGUAUUUAGGUUUUACACUUUAGUCAUUCCUCCAAUGAGAAGACGUAAAAGAUGGAGCUUCAUAUUUUAGAGCACAGCUUGAAAGUGGCGAGUAUAGAAAAAGAGGGGAUCCAGAUUUGCACUCACGGAUUAAUUAAACUCGCCUUCUUGGCCUCCAAAACAAGAUGCAAGUUUUUCAGUUUGACAGAGACUCCAGAGGACUACACCAUUAUCGUCGAUGAGGAAGGCUUUAAAGAGCUGCCCCAGUCAGAACACAUCAGCGUUGCUGAUGCCACAUGGUUGGCCCUUAACGUGGUGUCAGGGGGUGGUAAUGCCUCUAACUCACAGCCCAUUGGAGUCACCAAAAUUGCCAAAUCAGUCAUCGCCCCGCUGGCCGAUCACAACAUCUCAGUUUUUAUGCUGUCGACAUAUCAGACGGACUUCAUUCUGGUUCGAGAGCGAGACCUGCCAAUGGUCAUGCACACACUGUCUUCCGAAUUCACGUUGCUUCGGGUGGUCAAUGGAGAGACUGUUGCUGCUCACAAUCUGGGAGUCACCAAUGGAUUUGUAAAGCCAAAACUUGUUCCCCGUCCCAUCAUUCACCCCUUGUCUAGUCCCAGCAACAUGUUCUGUGUGACCAGCCUUGACCCAGACACAUUGCCCUCUGUAGCCACCCUGCUCAUGGAUGUCAUGUUUUACUCUGGAGGGCCAAAAGAGUCUGGAGCAUCCAGUGAGGACUCCAGCCACAUCCGCUUCUUCUCCUUCUCUCUGAUUGAGGGUUACAUUUCUCUGGUCAUGGAUGAACAGACAACUCAAAGGUUUCCAAACAAUGUCCUUUUCACCAGUGCAUCUGGUGAGCUUUGGAAAAUGGUUCGCAUUGGAGGACAACCUUUGGGAUUUGAUGAGUGUGGCAUCGUGGCUCAGAUAUCAGAACCCCUGGCAACAGCUGACAUUCCAGCUUACUACAUUAGUACCUUCAAGUUUGACCAUGCCUUGGUUCCUGAAGAAAACAUCCAAAGUGUGAUCAGAGCUCUGCGAACUGAGAGCAUGGCACAGUGAAGGAAGCCAGAGGAAACCAUGACAAUAUCUGUUUUCAAAGUCAAUUCAUUCAAACAUUUAUCAUGUCCAGAAAGUGCCAAAAGCCUAUUACUACUACUAUGGAUUGAAUCUGAAGUGUGGGUGGCGUUUAGGGGAAGUGAGACGGUGUGUUAAGGAUGCCGGUGUGUUAGGGAUGCCUCUGUUACUUCGUCAUUUUGUUUACCCUUAUCCCUCCUUCCUAGGUGCUCGAAGCCCUCCACUGCCUCCUGUGGUAGUUGUUGCUUUAGUUUACCAGACUGAAUGGUUCUUUUCCUCUCUAAUGCUGUCGUUACAUUGUCACAGGGAACCAUACCGGGGUUCAGUGGCACCUGCAACCACAAUCCUGUACACAACAUGUGUACUUGUUUUUUUUUGUUUUUUGUUUUUUUUUUGUUUGUUUUUUAAGUUGAUUUUGCUCAAGUUUUAUGCCACUGCGUCUGGCAGCCCUCGUAUGAGCUAUCUUAAUAUGAUAUCGUACCACACACCUCUAGAGUGGAUCACAUCGUUUCUACUCCCUAACAUGAGCCCUGUGGCUUGGAGUGAGUGACAGCAGCCACACACUGCUGUCAAUAAUGCCUGUAACAUCACUGGGACAUGCAGGGUAUUCCAUAAUUUCACUCAUGAGCUGCAUUCAUGUGUUAUUUUGUGGACUAAUUAUUGUCCAUGGAUUUAAGUGUCAGAUCAGUGAUCUUCAAGGUCCGGCUGCAGUCAUCUGAACUGAAUGAGCUAUAAAGGUGCUGCUCAAAGACAAUGUGUACACUGCACUCACGCCAAGUUGUACAGGGCUCUCAUUAGUGUUAGAAAAUACAGUAUGCUAUGUAUGUAUGACAAAAUAGCCCACAGUAUGUGGUUAUAAUGGUCCUGCAAUGGACCGGUGACCUGUCCAGGGUGUACCCCGCUGUUUGCCCGAUGCCAGCUGGGAUUGGCUCCAGCCCCCCCAUGACCCCGUUCGGGACUUAGACUACGUUUACACUGCAGGUCUUAAUGCUCAGAUCGGAUUUUUUGCCGAAAUCCGAUUUUUUUUUUUGUGCUGUUGUUCACACU